AAUCGCUGGCAUUGCAACAGCUAUGGCGGAGUGUGUGAGCGCUACCACGGGUACCCCUUCUACAGGAGACAUGACUUCACUGGCACGAGCUCUUUCCCAUACUACAUUAUCCCAGCUCGACCAGUCGGACGCGUUUCAAUCGCAGUCGUCUAUGUACAGGAUGUGUGCCUCUAGCAGGAGAAGAAUAUCAGCUAGUCAAGGCGUGGAUUCGAUGGAUGUGAGUCUGAGCGCCGAGGCGCGCGUGCUGGUGAUCAACACCGGAGGGACCAUAGGAAUGAUGUACCACAAUGACGUGCUGAGUCCUGAGCCCAAUGCCCUGGUUAAAGCUUUACGCAAACUUCCCAUCCUGCAUGACGAACUAUAUGCUCAGCAAACCAGACUCUAUGAGUACUACGAUUCUCCAGAGAACACGCUGGUACUGGCAUUGUCCAAACAGAACAAAAGAAUAGUGUAUACGGUUUUAGAGUAUUCUCCACUGCUGGACUCCUGCAACAUGACAACUGAGGACUGGGCCACUAUUGCAAAAGACAUUGAGAAAUAUUAUGAGAAAUAUGAUGGCUUUGUCAUUCUGCAUGGCACUGACACUAUGGCCUACACAGCCUCAGCUCUGUCUUUCAUGUGUGAGCACCUAGGCAAACCUGUCAUCCUCACUGGCUCUCAGGUACCAAUCUAUGAAAUGACCAAUGAUGGUAGAGACAACCUGUUGGGGGCGCUGUUGAUUGCAGGGCAGUUUUUCAUCCCUGAGGUGUGCCUCUACUUUCAUCAUAAGCUGUUCCGAGGUAACCGUGUUACCAAAGUGGAUGCUGGGAGUUUUGAUGCCUUUAUCUCCCCCAAUCUGGCUCCAUUAGCCAACGCUGAAGUUGAUAUCAAAAUAAAUUGGGACACAGUAUGGAGGGCAAACACAACAGCAAAGUUCAGGGUCAACACACAGAUGAACCGCAACGUGGGCCUCCUGCGUUUAUUCCCUGGGAUCACUGCUGACACCGUUCGAGCUUUCCUGCAGCCACCCAUGGAGGGGAUUGUGCUGGAGACCUAUGGCAGCGGUAAUGCCCCUGAUAACCGUGCAGACCUGCUGGAUGAGUUUCGGAAAGCUAACGAAAGAGGCGUUAUUAUGGUCAACUGCACCCAAUGCCUCCGAGGUGCCGUCACUGCAACAUAUGCCACUGGCAAGGCCCUGAGUGAUGCUGGAUUGGUACCUGGAGGUGAUAUGACUCCAGAAGCGGCUUUGUCUAAACUCUCUUAUAUCCUGGCCAGGAAAGACCUCAACACAGAAGAAAAGAAAAAGGUAACCUGAUCUCAAAAUCUGCGUGGUGAGAUGAUCGCUCACCUGGAGAAGGCCAAGCUGACACUUAGUGACAGUCGCUUCAUUCAAGUCAUUGCGAGAUCCCUCAGCAUCAGUUGCAAAGAGGACUUGGAAGCCAUCCGUGAUGCUCUGACCCCAACUUUAGCCUGUGCUGCUGCUAAGAUUGGCGAUGUUGAGGCGCUGGAGGCAAUUAAAGAGAUGGGAGGUAACUUGUGCAUGGAAAACUAUGAUGGACGAACUCCUCUCCAUAUCGCAGCCUGCGAGGGUCACCUCAAAGUAGUGCAGUAUUUACUAAGCCAGGGAGCCACCGUCUAUGCCAAAGAUCACUUUGGAAACACGCCUCUUCUAAAUGCUGUUCGUUUCAGGCACAAAGAUGUGGUGAAGUUACUGAGAAAGAUAGGCGGCCAUUUAUCCCGUGAUGAAAUGGAAGGUGCCGGAAACAAGUUCUGCAGCCUGGUAGUAAAUGCAGACUUGGAAGGCUUGGAGAUUUGGCACUUAGCUGGAGCUGAUCUGACUAUGCCAAGUUAUAAUGGGCAAAGAGCCAUUGAUGUGGCCAUGCAGUCUGGCAAUGAUGAAGCCUUGCAUUUUCUUCAACAGGCUGCCCAGUCCUGAGCUCAGAAUGGUGAAUUCAUCAAGUUUUCAGCUUUUCAGAAGUAA